AUGAGUUGUAUCAACGCACAAGCUACUGACAGACACAUUGACGAUUAUCCCCAACUCUACAGAGAGGCUGUCAACCACCCUGAAAAGGUUGCUGUCGAAUGCUUGGAGAAUAAGCUCUGUCCUCCAAGUGCUCCCAAUCCUCCCAACCAUCAACACACUCCUCACCCUACUCCCGACCUGUAUCCUGCUGUCCUGCGUCAAGUAGAAAACCUUGGCAUUCCAAGACAGAAUUAA